CACGUGGGACGAGGCGCUGCUGAUUCUGGGGAGAGACAGAAAUAUCCCAGCCUUUGAAAUGGCGCAGCUUCAGGCUCGCUUCUUCACUGAGGACACGAAAUACGCAGUAGAUGAUGUUCCUUUCUCUGUCCCAGCUGCUUCUGAAGUUGCUGAUCUCAGUAAUGUUAUCAACAAAUUGCUGGAAGCAAAAAAUGAAGGCCACAAAUAUGUGGAAUUUGAUUUCCUUAUUAACGGACAGUUCUUGCGCAUGUCCCUGGUGAGGCACAUGGAAGUGGAAAAUAUCUCAACUGAAGAAGUAGUAGCAAUAGAGUAUGUUGAAAAAUACACUGCUCCGCAACCUGAAGAAUGCAUGCUCCAUGAUGAUUGGAUCAGUUCUAUUGAAGCUACAGAAGAAUGGAUAUUGACAGGCUCCUAUGACCAGACAUCUCGGAUUUGGUCAGUAGAAGGCAAACCCAUAAUGACGCUUGCUGGACAUGUAGAUGUGGUUAAAGAUGUGGCCUGGGUCAAAAAAGAUAGUUUGUCAUGCCUGCUGCUUAGUGCAUCGAUGGACCAGACUAUCCUGCUGUGGGAAUGGAAUGUAGAAAAGAACAAAGUGAAGGCCCUUCACUGCUGCAGAGGACAUGCAGGAAGCGUAGAAUCUGUCGCUGUGGAUGGCUCAAGGACGAAAUUUUGCAGUGGAUCCUGGGAUAAGAUGCUAAAGAUCUGGUCUGCAGUGCCUACGGAUGAAGAGGAUGAAAUGGAAACGGAGGAGGUGGCAAACAGACCAAGGAAAAAGCAGAAAACUGAGCAGUUGGGACUAACAAGAACUCCUGUUACAACCCUCUCUGGUCAUACAGAAUCGGUCUCUUCUGUACUUUGGUCAGAUACAGAUGAAAUAUGCAGUGCUUCAUGGGACCACACAAUUAAGGUGUGGGAUGUUGAAACAGGGGGCCUCAAAUCCACUUUGACUGGAAACAAAGUGUUCAACUCUAUAUCCUACUCGCCAUUGUGUCGGCGUUUAGCCUCUGGAAGCACUGACAGACACAUUAGGUUAUGGGACCCUCGUACCAAAGAUGGUUCUUUGGUACUGCUUUCUCUUACCUCACAUACUGGCUGGGUGACAUCAGUGAAGUGGUCACCGACACAUGAGCAACAGCUCAUCUCUGGUUCUUUAGACAACGUUGUCAAACUUUGGGACACAAGAAGUUGCAAGGCACCUCUCUAUGACUUGGCUGCUCAUGAAGACAAGGUUUUGUGUGUGGAAUGGACAGAAGCAGGGUUGCUGUUGAGUGGUGGUGCAGACAACAAGCUCUAUUGCUACAGAUACCGAGCAGCCACCUCUGAUGAUGGAGCAUGAAAACAAAUGAAAAGAUCAUGAGAAUGAACUCUUCUGCUCAAUGUUCUUGCAACCUAUCAUACACAGCUGUAUAAAAUGUGUGAUUUAUGGUAUUAUAAAUCUUGCAUAUUAUACCUUGGGGCAACAUUAGUUUCCUGUUCUUUGUUUUGAGGCGAGGUGGCAGGUUAAGGCAUUUUUAUUUUUAUUUAAAAGCUUUCCCCCACUACACAAGCCAUACGAACUCGAGUUGGUCAAUUUUAACAGUUUAAGCCUUAUCAACCUAAUAUGUGUUCAUUAAAACCUUUUUAUUUUGUGCAAGUAUAUUUAAGUUUUUUACUUAACCAUGAUGCUGAGCUUUCCGCCUUCCAUUAGUUUCAGUGGGAACUUCAGGUGUCUCCCAUGAAAAAUCAGUCGAAGCUGUUGCCAGAUGGAGAAUGCUCAAGAUUUCAAUGAAAUAAAAUUGCGGUGUUCCUUAA